CGCAUGGUGGCGAUAUCUUUUGUUUAGAGAAAAAAAAUAAAACGUAGGCCUCCACUAAGAAAUCCACUAUUUAUAGUCGCGCGCACCACCUUCCCUCCCCAGCCUUGAGCCUUGUCUGGUGCUUGUAGAGAGGAGUAGAGCCAUGGAAUCUGACACGAUCCAUGCACCCGCCACCUCCUCUUCCUCCUCCUACUCAUCCGACUCGGCUGUCAUCAAUGGCGCACAGGACGUUUCCAAGGGUGAGCCCAAGCAUCUGAAGCGCAAGAGACAGACCGCCACCUCUCCUGCUGCUCCAGCCACCGGCAGCCAAGAGGCGGAGUCUGCCGACGGCGCCGCCCGGGGUGAGGAGAGCAGCAGCUGCGCCGCCGCCGCGGACGAGCGCACGGCCGGAAGGCACCCGUCGUACCGCGGCGUGCGGCGCCGGAGCUGGGGCAAGUGGGUGUCGGAGAUCCGAGAGCCGCGCAAGAAGUCGCGCAUCUGGCUCGGCACCUUCGACACCGCGGAGAUGGCCGCGCGCGCGCACGACGUCGCCGCGGUCGCCAUCAAGGGCCGCCGCGCGCACCUCAACUUCCCGCACCUCGCCGACGCGCUCCCACGCCCGGCGUCCACCUCCCCCGCCGACAUCCAGGCCGCGGCCGCCCUGGCCGCCGCCCAAUGCGAGCCUCCCUCCUCCGUCGCCGAGACCACGGAGACGCCGACGACGUCGACCGAGACAUCGGCCGCGAGCUCCGGUACGGCCGGCUGCGGCGAGGAGAACGCUCUGUUCGACCUGCCCGACCUUCUGCUGGACCUGAGGGACGGCCUCUGGUGCUCGCCUACCUGGGCGACGGCCGCCGACGAGUACGACGGCGGCGAGGCCGCGCUGCAUGAGCCGCUGCUGUGGGUGGAGCAGUGCUGGACCUAGCCGCUCCGUUGUGACGCGCGGGCCAUGCCUGGCCAGAAGAGAACACCCGUAGACAUGGGCAUGUACACUAGCGUUUCAUUUUUCCAAUUAAUUUG